CGCGUCGUAGCCCCGCCCCUCAGCCAGCAGGCCCCGCAGUGUCGGUGCGGUCGGUCUGUCCGGUUAGUCAUGGCGUUCAUGGAGAAGCCGCCGGUAAUGAAGGUUCUCCUGGAUGACACGGUGCCUCUUACCGCCCUCAUAGAGGCCAGCCAGAGCCUUCAAUCCCACACGGAGUACAUCAUACGUGUGCAGAGGGGGAUUUCCAUGGAUAACAGCUGGCAGAUUGUGAGACGAUAUAGUGACUUUGAUAUGCUCAACAACAGCCUCCAGAUCUCAGGUCUAAGCCUACCUCUUCCUCCCAAAAAGCUCAUUGGGAACAUGGAUCGUGAAUUCAUAGCAGAGAGACAGAAAGGACUUCAGAACUAUCUAAAUUUCAUCACCUCCAAUCAUAUCUUGUGCAACCACGAACAGGUGAAGAAAUUCCUAGAUCCAAACCACUAUUCAGCAAACUAUACUGAAAUUGCCCUGCAGCAGGUGUCUAUGUUCUUUCGAUCGGAGCCGAAGUGGGAAGUUGUGGAGCCCCUAAAAGAGAUGGGAUGGAGAUUUAGGAAAAGAUAUUUCCUAAUGAAAAGUAAGAACCAGCCAAAGGAGAACCUUGUCUUGAGCUGGGCUGACUUGGGUCCAGACAAAUUCUUGCAAGAUAAGGAUUUUCAGUGGGCAAUAAAACUGCUUCCUUCUUUGACUCAUCCUUACAUCUAUCGUAUCACGUUUGCUACAGCGAGCGAGUCGUCUGCCCUCGUAAUUAGACCUUUUAAUGAUAAAGGAACACUAAAGGAUCUAAUUUACAAGGCAAAACCUAAAGAUCCUUUUCUAAAAAAAUAUUGCAAUCCCAGGAAAAUCCAAGGCUUGGAGCUUCAUCAAAUCAAGAACUUCGGAAGGCAGAUUUUAGAGGCACUCAAAUUCUUGCAUGACCGAGGGUUCUCGUAUGGACAUCUUCAAUCAUCCAAUGUCAUGUUGGAAGGAGAGACCUGCAAAUUGAUGGAUAUAGAGAACGCUUUACUGGGACUGCCAUCCUUUUACAGAUCGUAUUUUACACAGUUUAGAAAAAUCAAUACAUUAGAAAAUAUCGACGUACACUGUUUUGGUCAUUUGUUGUAUGAAAUGACUUAUGGGCGUCCCCCAGAUUCUAUUCCAUUGGAUCAGUUCCCUCCUGCUCCGUCUUUGACUGUGGUCCCCGUUCUCGAGUCCAUCCUAUCUUGUGAGGCUUGUAAAAAUGGUGUACCGACCAUUGCACAGCUCCUGCAGAUGCCGUUAUUUCAUGAUGUUACACUUAUGAAUUCAGAAAAACCACAGUUUAAGAUACCAACUAAAUUAAAAGAGGCUCUGAAAACCGCCAAAGAAUGUAUGGAAAAAAGACUUUCAGAAGAGCAAAAACUGAUUUACCAGCACAGACGCUUGACACGGGCGCAGUCACACCAUGGAUCAGAAGAAGAGAAGAAGAAAAGAAAAAUUCUGGCACGGAAGAAGUCCAAACGUACAAACUGUGAUGCAGGAGAGGAGCAGCCUAUGAAAUGCAACUCCAACAAUUCUGCUGGCUCGGGGGCAAGCUCUCCUCUUACUUCCCCUUCAUCUCCUACACCACCAUCUACAACAGGAAAUUCAACUGUUCUGAUACCAGCAUCUCCGCCUCCACCUGCUGCUCCCCCUCCUCCUCCUAUAAGAAAGGAUGUGCCAACAGAACCAGCCACCCCGUCUGUGAAUGGUAGAGACCGAGUAGCCUUACUCAGCUCCAUUCAAAACUUCAGCAAGGGAGUUCUGAAGAAGGCAGUGACAAAUGAUCACAGUGUUGCCCGGAUUAGCUGAAACCGAACGUAGCCAAAGCACUUUUUUUGGGCGUAAUUUUGGACUAAUGAAUUAUUUCUGGCAGUGAUUUUGUUAUACUGCUCCCCAGUUUUGACUACACAAUUCCACAUACAUAACAUAAAUAUAAUAAAAAUAAAUAAAUUAAUAAUUAACUGGAAUUUAGACAACUAGCUUUAAAGGGAAGGGAUGUGUAAAGAAAAUUGUUUCCCCCCCCCAAACGACGCGUUUCAACUUUAUUUUAUUUCAGUGGUCCAAAACUAUUUCGUAACCUUGUCAUAUAAUGCCUGCAGCCUCCUCCUUCCUCGACACAUGUCUCUGCAUUAUAAUCAAGGCUUUAAUUCCAAAGAGUAAGAAGGAAAAAUGGCAUUGCUCACCGUUCUGGCAUUACAAAGGUUAUUAGGACAAUAGCAUCCCAUUUUGUGCAAGGCUUCAAAAUCACAAAAUAUGUCCUUAUCUGCCUUAAACCGUCACAUUCACUUCAAUGUUCAUAUCAUUUCAGAAUGCACAACCUGUGGUCACACUAAGAAAUAACCAAUUAUUUGUUCUAUUACAUUUGUUAUUUGAUUGCUUGAUAGUUAAAUUAUUGUAAUCCAUUCAUCUCAUCUGCCUUUUUUUCUAAUGAAAAUGUUUGAAUGCUCUGUAGCAAUUGAAAGAGCAGUAAAUCAUACCGAAUACUUCAACAGCAAUUUUUUUAAAGGGACACUCCAGGCACCGACUUUUUUAUAUUCUAUACUACUGCUUUAUAAAUGCCAUUAAUAAUAAUAUAACUGUUGGCAUAUUUUUAUUUCAUUGCAUGGCCAAUGUUGCUUUAUUUUUGGUGAAAACAAUGUCAUACAGCAUUCUGCAUCUUAAAGGGACACUCCACUGCCCCCCAAAAAUCACUGUUUAGUAGAUAUACACCAAUGAAAACGUGCAUGCAAUUACUCAUGCGUUUUUCCCCUUUUGGUUUUAUCUAAACACACCUUUGUCUGAAGCCUUUGCAAGCCCUCCCCUUUUUCACCAGCCUAGCCGUUCUUUAGCUGUCCAAUCACAGAUUUCCCAAUGCAGCUCAGUGAGAAGUCUUUGCAAGGCAGGUUCUCUGAGCUAUUGAUGCCUCUUGAGUAUAGCUCCACUUAGCCAACCAAACAGGGAAGUAGUAGCCAAGGCAAGAUUCAUUUCUAAAAAAAAAAAGUCAAUUUUUCUGUAAAAAAAAAAAAAAGAGGGCACAAGCUUAAGUGCUUUAUGGAUCUAGAGUAUCCCUUUAACUUUGAUUCUUUUGUCAUUCUACCCCACCAACCCCCCUACCUUUCCCUUCAGCUUCCAUUCUGUGCAUCCCUCCUAACCUGUAGUGUCUACAGCUAGUUGAACAUAUCCUCAUAAAGCACAAAGGUUUCUAGGGCUGAGUAUAAAACUGAUAACUCAACUGCACAUCCCCUGCUCCAAACAGAAUUGAUAUUGUACAGUUAGCUUUGGAAUCUGCUAAUCAAAUAUUCCCAUUUUAGCCCUUGCAAUUUUGGGUUAAACGCAUUCAAUAGUUCAGACUCCAUAAGCCAGCACUUCUUCCUGAAGUGGGCAAAGUUUAUGGUGAAAUGUUGUAAAUUGGAAGAAAGAGACCAAAAUAUCUUCCUAAUUUUUAUUGUUUUGAAUUGGUUGUGCAGAUUUGUUUUUUUUAUUGCACUGUAUAGACGAGUUUCAGCAUGGACUGACCCUUUAAGAUAAAAGAAAUGGUUAACAUUGCUUAUUUUAUUUUUAUUUUUUUCGUCACUGUACUAGUCUUAUUUGUCCCUUAAUGGACCAUGUCUUUGUGCAUACAAAUUGAGGGGAGAGUAAUACAGGAGAACCGUGGGAUUAAUUUAAUAAGCAGGAAGGCUAUAGCAGAGCUGUGAUGCCAAUAGGAGAGGCUACAGGCACUGCAGUGCUUGACCACAAUUUAUUUGGGAAUUUAAAGAUUGGAGAUAAUUUACUAAAUUGGGAAAAGACCAGCAAGUUGCAGGGUUGAGGAUAUAAUCCACUACACUGGCAUAGUGGAGAUCUAGGACAAUUUCGCUGGAAACGUUUCAAAUGUGAAAUCCCCUCCUCUAAUACCAGCAAUAUCUAGUUUAGUAAUUAACCCUUUUGGUGUGUUUUUCUUAAAUUUCAUUUUAAUAAUUGGAGCCCCCACUGCCUCAGAGUGCGUGCAUGCACCCAGAACCCAUAAGAAUGGUCCAAUCAAAUGCUUC